AUGCAGCGUCCUGGAACCUUCCAGAGUGCACAGACUGCUGUUUCGUCCGUCAGUCCUUCCCGUGGUUCCACCACCCUAACGUUUCCUCCUAAAGCCGUCGCGCUUCGUGCGCAGUCCUUAGCGCCGUCAAUCGCGUCCUCCCGUGCACGUGUCGCUCUCAGCCUAAAGCAACACCGUCAGUCGCGGGUCGCGCUCUCCUCUACCUUCGCCUCUCCUUCGUUCUCCACCUCUCUCUCCCACUCUCAUCCCUCGUCUUCGUCUCCCCAUUCGUCUCACUCGCGGCUUUCCAAAAAUCGCCUAUCCGUACGCGCUACAGCAAUCCCGGCUUCUGUCGCUACCGCUGUGCAGCCAAUCGUCGAUGCCUUCCUCCUUCAGCCUGCCACGUGGCAAUCCGCUCUCGUUGUCACGUCCACAAUUUUCGCAGUCGGGCUGCCCGGACUGCUCGCCGGGCUGACCGUGCCAGGGGUGCUGUCCGCCUUUCUCCUGGGUGUGACUGUAUGGAGGGCGUUCUACUGGCCUGGCUUCCUCAUCGUCUGCCUGUACUUCAUUCUAGGCACACUGGUAACGAAGGUGAAGCUGAAGCAGAAGCAACAGGAGGGAAUAGCGGAGAAGCGGAGCGGGAGGAGGGGGCCGUGGAGCGUGGUGGGGUCAGCUGCUGCUGCGGUGGUGUGCUGCCUGGGAGCCAUUGCUGCUGCAGGCGGGGGAGCUGGAGGGGGGAUGGAGGGGGUGGUGCUGCCGACUGUGGCGGUGUGGCAGCUGGGUUAUGUGGCCAGCUUUGCUACCAAGCUGUCGGACACUGCUGGCAGCGAGAUUGGCAAGGCCUUCGGCAAGCGCACUUUCCUGGUGACUUCCUUCCAGCCAGUUCCCAGGGGCACAGAGGGCGCAGUGAGCCUUGAGGGGACGUUGGCAGGAUUGGCAGCUGCUGUGGUGCUGUCUGCUGCUGCUCUGCUCACCAAUCAGAUUCAGCUGCUGUGGUGUUGUCUGCUGCUUUGCUCUGCACACAUGCACGCGCUCAGGAGCAUUCAUAUACUGCUCACCGGGCUGACCGUGCCAGGGGUGCUGUCCGCGUUUCUCCUCGGUGUGACUGUAUGGAGGGCGUUCUACUGGCCGGGCUACCUCAUCCUCUGGCUGUACUUUAUUCUCGGCACACUGGUAACCAAAGUAAAGCUGAAGCAGAAGCAGCAGGAGGGAAUAGCGGAGAAGCGAAGCGGAAGAAGGGGGCCAUGGAGCGUGGUGGGGUCAGCUGCUGCUGCGGUGGUGUGCUGCCUGGGAGCCAUUGCUGCUGCAGGCGGGGGAGGUGGAGUGGGGAUGGAGGGGGUGGUGCUGCCGAGUGUGGCGGUGUGGCAGUUGGGCUAUGUGGCCAGCUUUGCUACCAAACUGUCGGACACUGCAGCGAGCGAGAUUGGCAAGGCGUUCGGCAAGCGCACUUUCCUGGUGACUUCCUUCCAGCCAGUUCCCAGGGGCACAGAGGGCGCAGUGAGUCUUGAGGGAACGUUGGCAGGUCUGGCGGCUGCGGUGGUGCUGUCUGGUGCUGCUCUGCUCACCAAUCAGGUGAGCCUUGUUGGAGCCUUCUUCUGCGUGCUGGCAUCGCAAAUUGCCAAUUUCGGAGAGAGUUACAUUGGGGCUAGACUCCAAGACAAACCCGGUUACGAAUGGGUUGGACAAAUAUGUUGCAAGGCACACUUUCAAAUGCACUUCCGCUUCCCCUUCCCGCGCGUCCUCCAAACCGCGCCCUCCUCUCCCCCGCAAUCUCCCCCGUUCUCCCACGUGCCGUCCCCGUCCUCCCAAUCCUUCACGUCCAACCAACCUCCUGCCUAUCCUCACCCCCUUUCCGUGCAACGCCCUCCCUCCGCUUCCCCAUCCCCCUCCGCUCCCCUUACCUCCGCUUCCGCCUCUCCCCUUUUUCCCCCGUCCCCCAGUCCGUCUCUAGACGCGGACUUCUUCUCCUCGCUCCCUCGGGACCUCCAAGUGGAUCUCGAGGACUCAGUGUUUGAUCUCACCAAUGGGAACGUCUCUGCCGAGUGCGGACCAGCAGUGUCAGCGGCCCUCGCCGGCCUCGCAGCCGCCCUCACGGCCUCAGAGGGCGCCCCUGCUGCUGCCGUUGCUGCUGUGGCUGGGCUCAAGGAUGCUGCUGCGAAGCUUCCCCCUGGAGGAAGAGAACGGGCAGUGCUGGGCAGGAGGCUGAGAGCAGCAGGAAGGCGGUUCACAGGCAUGGGGGCGUACGCACAGGGCAAGGCCGCUCAGCUCGGCAAGGCAAUGGCAGCAGCAGGGGAGGCGGUAGCAGCGGGGUGCACUGACGAUGGCGCCUCCAACUUCGACCCUGUUAGAACCUUCAAGCUGGGUCCUCUAACAGUGGAUGUCACGCCAUCCAAGGCACUCACAGGCGCUGCCAUUGCUGCAGCCUUUGCAGUGGUGAGCUGGCAGCUGGUGACAGGGCUACAGGCUGUCAACGAGAGCUCACUAGCCUAUGCCAACGACAACGCCCUUACCCUCGCACUUUCCCUGCGGGGAGCCCUCCUCGCCAUGGGCUACGGCUCAUGCCUGCUCUCUGCCUUUGCUGCGGCCGGCCUGCUUGCACUCUCGAGGGAUCUCAGCUCGCAGGGAGGAGGGGAAGGGAAGUGA